AUGGCAGACGAUUUCAGCGAGUUCAUCAACGAGGAAAUGUUCGAGGACGAGUACAAGGACAAGCCAAGGGACGAGGACAAGCCAAGUGAGAUUGAAGACCUCUUCAAUAAAUCUCCUUCUGCGCCAGUCGAUGAGGAAGCUGCCUCUAGUCGAGCGCUAGAGGGCGAGUAUUGGGAGACUCUAGAAUGGAUUUCAAAGAUCCUCAAGGAGAAGUUACUUGGAUCGAGUCCUUGGGGCAAGAUAGCGGCUUCCGCCCCCUACGAUUCUCUCACCGAGAACCAAAGAGAGAGCCGACGAUUGAUCGAAGAGCAUGUCGGGAAUCAAAUUGGCGGUCAGUCGACUCUAGGCGACAUCGAUACGAUCAGGAAGACAAUUGCAGACUACGAAAAACAGGACACAGCUGAGAUCAAUUCGGAAGAGUUCGACUCGAACAGGUCGGUUCUUGCCUUGGAUGACUUCGAGAGCGACUUCAAAGCAUCUGGGGACGAAGUGGACAUAGACGAACGGAUCGAAGAAGCGGCUCGGGAAAUCGACAGAAUCGGGCGGCACUUGAAAGAUAGCGGCAUGAUGGACGAAUGGAGCCUAUGGGAAGGGAAUGAGGAGGAACGCACGGAGACGGAGGAGAAAGGAACGAGCUCGAAGACUCCGACCACGGCAGAUGUGGAAUACGGCGUUCGAAUGUCCGAUACCUAUACCCUGUCUUCCCAGGUAGACAAAGGGUUGCGACAAUCGUUACCUUGGUAUUGCCUGGCCACCCUUGCGAGCAAACGCCCCGAAGAUAUACCAAAAAUCACGCCGAACCCGGCGCCCAACUCAGACCGACUGUUGAAAUGUCCCGAUGGGAACUGCCGUUCGACCUACCGCAGUACUACGGGAUUCGGAGGAGGUAUAUCCCUCCAAUUGUCAGCAUAUCGAGAAAAAAAGGUGGUAACUGGCGUUGUUGCCGCCCUGGAAGGGUAUGUUGGAGGCAGAUGGAUAUGUUUAACUUGCCUUGGACCUCAAGAAAAUGUGCGUACUGGGAGGAUCGUCCAUAACGUGACUAUCAACCGUUGGGACAAGGAGAAGACAUGCCAUGCGUGCCGCAGCAUAUUCUCGAAGGUUGUGGCGGGGAGGCAGGAGGAUGGACUACGAAUCAUCUGA